AUGCCCGACCAAAGUCACCGUCCGCGUCCGCCGCCAAAUCGGCGCAGAGACAAAGCCCAGCUGUCUUGCGACCCAUGCAGACACCGAAAAUUGAGGUGCGACCGACAGCAUCCAUGCGGCACUUGUUCAAGGCGUGCCAUCACCAACUCUUGCCAUUAUGCGACGCCGUCUUCUACCCUCGAGGCUCAACGGCCUGUUGCUCCACGACAGUCCGCCAGCCUCCAACUUAGAAUAACAGAGUUGGAGAGCCUUGUGGUGACGCUGAUGGAAGGCCAACCACUCCCAACUCCAUCAACCGGAGCUCCGAAAUCACCGAGGACGAGCUUGCCAUCAUUCGAAGAUGAGUUGCCUGAGAUCCGGAGGCCAAGGAACUGCCAAGAUGACGCUGAAUCUCCAGCCGACCCCGGUACCCUCAAUCUGCGCGAGUCUGGCGCCAGUUAUGUUCAGAGCGCCCAUUGGGAGGCCAUUCUCACCAAAGUCAGGGGACUCAAGGAGGACUUGGUGACUGAUAGCAGGGCUCUGCCCGGCUCACACUUGUUCUAUGGCCCGAACCGACAUGCAACUCGAGAAGAAAUACUAGCUGCUUGUCCUCCCCGUCCGGUCGUUGACCGGCUCAUGGCCCUUCACUUCGAUUCUUAUAUUGUCACUCCUUAUAUCAUUCAUAGCAAGAAGUUUCUCCGCGAGUACGAAGCCUUCUGGGAAGAUCCGACUGCAACCUCCAUCUCCUGGAUUGGUCUCAUGUUCUCCCUGCUAUACAUUGCUGCACAGCUGCAGACUUUCACCAUCGACAUCAACGAUGGACAAGCUGAGUCACUCAAGGCCGAGUAUCUUGCCAUGAAAGAUGCCUUCCGGGAAAAGGCCGUCCAGUGUCUUAUCCUGGCUAGGUACACCAUGGGGGGGCCAUAUAUCUUGGAAACUCUGAUAACGAUCCUUACUGGAGAGUUUGUACUAAUGAAGGACGGCGUUACCGAUGGCUGGCUUUUGAUCGGCAUGAUACUUCAGCUUGCAACCCGAAUGGGCCUCCACCGAGAUCCAGAUCACUUCCCCGGAAUAUCCCCAUUCGAGGCUGAAAUGCGUAGACGCAUGUGGAUUGUUAUCCUUCAACUAGAUCUCAGUCUUUCCUUGGAGACGGGGCUGCCUAGAAAUGCCACAAAUACCCAUGCCGAUCUAAAGGAGCCCCGUAACUUGCGCGACUGUGAUUUCGACGAGCACACAACUGAGAUGCCACCGUCCAGAUCAGAAACAGAAUGGACGCCGGUGCUCGCUCUAAUCACAAGAUGGAGACUGAUCUCACCUCUCGGCUUGAUUUGCGACAUCAACACGGACAUCAGUCCUCCUUCAUACGAAGAGGUCACCAAGGUCGAAGAUGUCCUCGAAGACGUGCGUAACCGUGCUAUUCCGCCCGUGCUACGCUGGGGAACUACACCACAUCCCAUCACGGAUAGCCCAAACCUUCUGGUACAGCGUGUAAGUGUAGAAACGACAUAUCACAAAGCACGUAUCCUCCUAUACCGAAGGUCUCUGGUUAGCGGCCAACCUCCGCAUUCUAAAGAGCGGGACAGAGACUCAGUUCGAAUCUGUUUGGACUCUGCACUCAAGAUUCUAUCAUUUCAAGAGAUGCUCCACGAGGAGUCUCAACCAUUUGGCCGUCUGUGUCAGCUUAGAUGGAAGGUCACCCACAUUUUAAACCAGGAUGUUCUCCUUGCUACGAGCGUGCUCUGCCUCUACCUUCAGGAUAUCGAUAAAUUCGAAGUGCCCCAGAUUGCAAGACGGGCAGCCCGGUUACCGAGAGCUGAAGAGAUUCGGCAACAACUAACCAUCUCCCAUAAGAUCUGGCUCCAAAGGAGUACAGGAUCUGCGGAGGCUGGAAAAGUAGCGAAGGCUCUGAGCAUUGUCCUUGGAAAUUCAGAAGUGUCUGCUGAGAAAGGUGACGGACCACUUUCUUACGACUUCUUGACAGACAUUGACGCAAUACCUGUGAAUGGAUUUGGCGCAGCGUUCAACAAUCAAUAUUUCACUUCUGGCUUCUACUCCCCACUCAGCUUUUUCGACAAUGUACUGGAAACCCGAGGGAGCUGA